UCUCCGUCUCUAUCACGGCUUCCACGCCUUCAAUCCCUUGACAGCCUUCCUGCCGUUGCAGACCCCCGACCGGACCCAAGACCGAAGCUUCUCAUAGCAUACGCUCAUGGCGUGGUGCAGUUGAUGAGAAACGAGAAUGAUAUGUCUCCAAUCGUCGCUCGAUUUCCGCAGCUCACAGUAACAUGUGCACGGUGGUGCCCCAAUGGGAACUUCUUCGCUGUGACAGGACAACAACUGGACAUGCCCGCUCAGGAAAAUUGUGUUGUGCAUAUAGUCACUGCCUUUGGAGUGAAAUUAACAUCGCUGCAAAUGCAUUGCUCCUCGUUAACCGGUUGCUCAUGGGAUCCGACAGGAGUCAAACUAGCUCUGUCCUCAGAAAACUUAUUAUGGUUUGCAAAUGUUCGCCCACGAUACAAAUGGGGCUAUUGUGGUCACACAAUUGUGUACUCAUAUGAGAAAGCGGAGCGUGGCGACUACCGAGUGGUCUUUUACGAAUCGAAAUUAGAUGAGUCCUAUUCGAAACCGGUUCGACAAUUGGAACAGCUUGCUACUGGUAGUGAUUAUUGUGUUAUAGCUAAUCGACAAGAAGAUUCACUCGGG